UCUAGAAGACACUCUUUUGUCCUUGGCAAGAUCAUGUCAAAUUGAUCAAUGGUGAAGGGUGGGAUUGAAGUGGAGAUGGAGAAAGAUCAAAGUGAUAAUAGCAACCCUUCUCAUAGCAAUCCAAGCAGGUCACCACCCUACUCACCCACCCUAUCCGAUACAAAGAUCCGAUCUCCAGCCUCUCGUUCACCAGGUCAUGUGCCUUCUCAUGAUGAACAAGAUCGAAAAGAGCAAAGAAGAAGCAUGAGUGUGGAUUCAAGAAAUAGCAAGAAUGAAUCUAGACCUUCUCGUAGCUCUCGCUCUGGCUCCCGUGAAGGGGCUAUAAAUUCAAUCGAAAUCAAAGGAUUGACAAAGAUGGUCUAUGCUACCCAUCUAGAACAAAUAUUUGCAGCAUAUGGUCCGAUUGAAGAAAUAUUCAUGCCAUCCGAUCCAUACACUCAAGAGAACCUCGGUCGAGCAUUCAUCACUUACAGAUCUUCUUCAAGCGCUGAAAAAGCAGAAGAUUGUAUGGACAAAGGUCAAAUUGAUGGCGCAAUCGUUAGCGUUCGAUGUGAAGAUAUACAAGUGCAUGAGUUGCGGUCAUCCUACAAUUCCACACCCCGCAGCAACAGUCAUAGGAGAGAUACAAACCGCACAAGCAACGAUCACCGCUAUGGAAACAAGGAUGAAAGACAAAGAUACCCAGAUAAUUCAUACGAUAGGGACAGAAGGAGUGAAGGUCAGCGUCGAAGUAGAUCCGCUUCUCCUUAUUAAAUGUAAAAGUAGUGUACAGUACCAGACUAAUACAGAUAAAGAUCGAUC